AAAAGCAUUGUCAGACAUCUAAGUGAUCUAACUGGGACUAUCUCUACAGGAACCAAAAGGAGCUGACCCACGAUCUCCAGUACCAAGUGCAAUGGGAUCCACAGGACUGUAUUUUUAUGGACACUGUGUUGUUAUGUUCCUCCUUCAGAUGAAUACAGCAAACUCAGAGCUAUUUACAGUGACUGGCUCAGAUGUGCCAGUCUUGGCUUCAUUGGGUGGAAACUUAGAACUCAGUUGUCAGUUGUCUCCACCACAACAAGCCCAGCACAUGGAGAUUCGCUGGUUCCGGAACCUCUAUAGGGAGCCCGUGCACCUAUACAGAGAUGGUAAAGACAUGUUUGGAGAGAUUAUCUCCAAGUAUGUGGAACGGACAGAACUACUAAAAGAUGGGAUUGGAGAAGGGAAAGUGACCCUUAGGAUCUAUAAUGUGACUGUUGAUGAUGAUGGAUUUUACCACUGCGUGUUCAAAGAAGGUGAUUUUUAUGAAGAGCACAUCACAGAGGUCAAGGUCACAGCUAUAAACUUACGGGUACAGAUUCAUGUGCACCCACCUAAUACCAAAGGUGUGAUAGUGGAAUGUCACUCUGGAGGUUGGUUCCCACGGCCUCUCAUGGAAUGGAGAGACAGCAGAGGGGAGGUCAUUCCAGCUGCAUCAAAAUCCCAUUCACAGGGUGGAGACAGACUGUUCAAUAUGAAGAUAUCCCUUCUCAUUAGUGACAGCUCCUUCCAGAAAAUCACUUGCUGCCUUCAGAACCCUCUGACAGGCCAAGAGGGAAGGACAAGUGUUAUCUUAUCAGAUGCAUUUUUUUCAUGGAAUAUAAUUUGGAAAAUGAUUCUGGGUAUAAUAUUAUUUGUGAUGGUGCUCUCCAUCUUGGUUUCUAGUUUUCUCCUACAUCCUGAACAUAACAGGUGUAGGUGUACAUGCGAUGCUCCUUGGGUGACAGGCAUAUUAAUAAUGAUAUCUUCGGUGGUGAUUGUCAUAUCAAUCAUGGGGUAUUUACAUUUGAAACAAAGAGUUCCUGUUUCAGAUGCACAUUUUGAAUUGGACAUUUUGUGGGUGGAAGAUUUAAGUGUAAUCCUGUGUUCACUGAUGGUUUCUGCUACCAUGCUCAUUUCCUAUACAUACUUCAAACUGAGAGAAUUCUGGGGGAAUCCUGCAAAGGAAGGGCAAGGAAAGUAGAAACCAAAGGGGUCAAGGACAUCACAAGAAAACAUACAGAAUCAACUAACCUGGAUUCAUAGAGGCUCAUAAAAACUGAGAUGUCAACCAGGAAGCCUGAAUAGGACUGACCUAGGCCUUCUUCAAAUAUGCUACAGUUGUGUAGCUUGAUCUUCUGGUGAGACUUCUAACAGUGGGAGCAAGGGCAAUCUCUGAAUCUGUUGUCUCCUUUUAGUACUUUUUCCUCCUGCUGGGUCGCUACAUCCAGCCUUAAUAGCAGAGGAGGUGCCCUGUCUUACUGCUACUGAAAAGGCCACGACUAGCUGAUAUUCAUGGAGGCCUGUCCUUUUCUCAAGAAGAUUGGAGGAGGAAUUGAUUGUAGUAGGGGAGUGAGGUAGGGGGAGGGGUGGCUGGGAUGAGAAGAGGUAGGGAAAAUUGGUCUGGAAAAGUAAGCAAAUAAACUAAUUAAAAUGA